AUGGAUGGAGCUCCAUUGAAAGAUGGGUUUGAGGUGACUAAACGCACCGUUAGAACAUGUGAUGGUCAGCAAUUUGCGAAACAAAUCGCCACCAAAAAAGAGCGCAUACGAAAGUCUGAAAUGUUUCAGGAGCUGAAGGCUAGUCUUGAGCCGUGGAGAGCUAAAAUUGACAAGAUCAGAUGUUUGGCACUUGGUAGUUUCCACGAUGAAUUUGCCGCCGGUUACCAAUUUGCUUUGUUAGACGAAAUCCGGGAGUUUUUAGAAAAUUCUCAACAGGAACAAGGGACGAUAAAGGUCAAGGUAUCGAUCUUUGAUCCUGCAUUCACGUCUGAAGAUGAAAAGUAUAUCUCAGAAUUGGGUCCAGAAUGGUCAAUUGAUGGAGAAACGCCUUGGGAAGUCGGGAGUGAGCAAAAAAAUGAUGAUACGGGAAAUAUUUUGUUUUUCUUGCCCCAUGCGCCUUUAGACCUCACCGAGGCCGUCAUCAUCUCAGACCAACCUCGAUUUUGGCUGGCGAACAACAUUGUUCAGCAUACAGAUCGAUAUACCAAGCAACGAUUAUUUGAAAAAUAUCCUGUUCUCUCGAAACUGCUAAAUUACGUCUCAUCUGCUAAAGAUGAACAGGUAAACAACGAUAAUUUCACGGCUAAAGACGGUGAGUUCGUACAGUUUGUCUCUAGAAGGAAUCGCCGCAAGGCGAAACAGAAAAGGUUUCAGGAACCACAAAUAGACUACGACGCAAUUCCAGCUUAUUUUAAAGACUUUAAGAUCGUGUGCGAUUUCAUGAACGGCAAGCAAUUACAAGGUCGAGAAUGGCUCAACUCUUUCUCAGAUCUAGCUUUUCAACUAAUUGAAUGA